UUUACUUAAAGCUUGUUCUGUCAUAUCGAGGCCAUAAACGUACGACAACGUGCCGAACGCAUGCAUACAUUGGGUGUUGGCAGCUCUACCAUCAAGAAAAACAAAAAUAUUUAUACGGAAAAUAAAUAAAGCGAGUAGUUUUAAGUGAAAAAUUUUGUAGACAUCCAUUGGAAAGUUGGUUAGAGAUGAUGCACAUUGCUCUAAAUUUUCAAUUCGGGGCAAUGCAAAUGUAAAUUUCCUGCCCCCCGAUUUCCGAGGAGGAAUUUUGUAGUUUAUUUUUUGCUUUGUUCGUUUAUUUGCAACAUGCAGGAUAUCAGUAUAGAUAAGGAAAACAUAUCUGAAUCUGAUAGAAUCAGUAAUACAUGUUCGAUUCCAAACGAACUAAGUGAAACUUUUUACUCAGCUAAAAAGAAGGGGAGUACCUUUUAUGUUCGCCUUAGCAAAGAUGGACUUCUUCUUCAGCGGGAUGAUGCAGAAUGUAAUAAAGAUCAUCACUUAAUACAGAUGUGCGACAUAGUUGGUGGUCGGUGCGUGUUGCAAAACAAGCAAACACGCUUCAAAAGGAAUGUAUCAUGUGGUGCAUGCACUCCGAAUACUAAGGAAAGUAAAUGUGGAUUUGAAGAUAACGAAGACGUUUAUCUUUAUAUUUUCGCAUAUGUACUAAAAAAGAAAUUAAGAAGUUCUAUCCGAAGGGAACGUAAUGUUAUUACUUUACGUUUUCGCACAUUCGACAGUCGUGACGAUAAUUUACGUGAGGCGGAGAAAUGGUAUAAGGCUUUAAAAUGUCACCGGGAAAAUUAUCUUAAAGAAUGCGCAUGUGAAUCGCGUGGGAACCACGUUUUAAAGCGAUUGCUUGUAUUCUUAAAUCCAAAAUCUGGCUCAGGAAAAGCACGAGAAUUGUUUUUUCAAGAGGUUGUUCCAAUGUUAAACGAAGCUGAGCUAUCAUAUGAUGUCUACGUAACGAAGCAUGCCAAUUAUGCUUUUGAUUUUGUUAAACAGAGGGAUUUAAGUUUGUGGAAUGGUGUUGUGGCUGUCGGGGGUGAUGGCUUAUUUCAUGAAAUCCUCAAUGGCUUGAUGCAACGUAUUGACUGGAGUAAAACUGCUAAAAUACUAGGGGUAAUACCAUGUGGUUCAGGAAACGGACUAGCUCGUUCCGUUGCUUACUCUUAUAAAGAACCUUACGAUUCAAAACCUCUGCUUAGCUCGGCUCUUACAAUAAUAGGAGGACAUUCGACACUUAUGGAUAUAAUGAAAGUUGAAUUAGAAAAUAAAAUAAUAUAUUCAUUUCUCUCGGUUGGAUGGGGCCUCAUAUCUGAUAUCGAUAUAGAAAGUGAACGCUUGAGAAUAUUUGGAUAUAAACGAUUCACGAUUUGGACUUUACAUCGUUUAAUAAACUUACGUACAUAUCAAGGAAAAAUAUCGUACCUCCCCAGAGCAGAAGUUACCCCUAAUAUGGACAAUUGCUCUCAAGGUGUAAAUAAACCGCUCUUGCUUCAUAGCGUUAGUUGCAGUACGUUUUCCUACUCAAAGGCAUCCAGUAAAUUUAAUUCGAAUGAUAAUAUAACAGAUUCAGAGUUUGAAGAUAUCAUUUCAUUGCAAACAUCAAUCAAUUGCUCUUCAAGAUCUCGCUGUGACAGCUGGUUGUCUACGUGCUCGCGAAAAAGCAUGUACUACUCAAUUCCCGAAAGCGUGUAUCACAGCAUAGCGGAAAAUAGUAAUACCGAGGGUAACAAUUACAAUGAAUGUAAUGAAAUCACCCAUACCGAGUAUGAUUGUUCUCCAUCAAUUUCUAUGCAUGAACCUUUGCCAUCCACAUGGAUUGUCGAGGAAGGUGAAUUUGUAAUGGUUCAUGCCGCCUGCAAAACUCAUUUGGGUAGUGAUUGUUUGUUUGCUCCGCAAUCUCAACUCAACGAUGGUCUUAUGUAUUUGGUGAUAAUCCGGAGUGGCAUAACCCGUCCACAGUUGCUGAAUUUUUUGAUAAAUAUGAGCACAGGCACUCAUGUUCCGACGGAAAAUUCUGAAUUCAUUAAAGCUUUCCAUGUUACUGCAUUUCGAUUGGAGCCUGGGCAGUCUCAAGGCAUCAUAACGGUGGAUGGCGAGCGAAUCGAAUUUGGGGCAUUACACGCUACAAUUUUUCCAAAGGCUGUAAGAAUCAUGGUUCCAAGCCAGAAUUCCAGCACAAAGCAUUUUUAA